AACACUACCUUUGAUCAUGAAGGUCUUCGUUCGGAGCUUCCUCUGUUUCUUCUUCAUCUUCUUCUUCCUUCAAAGGGUAAUAUGUGAAACUCAAGCUGAGAGUGGAUCAGAACAUGCUAGCUUACCACCAAGAGGUUGGAACUCAUUUGAUUCCUUCUGCUGGACCAUCUCUGAAGAAGAGUUUCUUCAGAAUGCAGAACUUGUAGCUCAGCGGUUACAUGCUCAUGGAUAUGAGUAUGUUGUGGUGGAUUACCUUUGGUAUAGAAGGAAAGUUAAAGGCGCUUACACUGAUUCUCUGGGUUUUGAUGUAAUUGACGAAUGGGGGAGGAUGAUUCCUGAUCCAGGUAGAUGGCCUUCCUCCAGAGGAGGGAAAGGGUUCACUGAAGUGGCCAGGAAAGUUCAUAGCAUGGGUUUGAAAUUUGGGAUUCAUGUUAUGAGAGGUAUAAGCACGCAGGCGGUCAAUGCGAAUACCCCAAUCUUAGACAUCACCAAGGGAAGUGCUUAUGAAGAGUCUGGACGCCAAUGGCACGCAAAAGAUAUAGGACUAACAGAUAGGCUUUGUACAUGGAUGCCUCAUGGUUUCAUGAGUGUAAAUACGAAGUUGGGAGCUGGAAGAGCAUUUUUGAGGUCCCUCUAUCAACAGUAUGCCGACUGGGGCGUUGAUUUUGUGAAAAAUGACUGUGUAUUUGGUGACGAUUUGAAUAUAGAUGAGAUCAGCUUUGUGUCAGAGGUCUUGAAGGAAAUUAACCGCCCCAUCCUUUAUUCCCUUUCUCCAGGAACUAGUGUGACACCAACCAUGGCAAAGGAUGUAAGUGGUCUAGUCAACAUGUACAGGAUAACUGGGGAUGAUUGGGAUUCAUGGGGAGAUGUUACAGCCCAUUUUGAUGUUGCAAGGGACUUUUCUGCUUCUAACAUGAUAGGAGCUAAGGGGUUGCUGGGGAAGUCGUGGCCCGACUUGGAUAUGCUACCAUUUGGCUGGCUUACUGAUCCAGGUUCAAACGAAGGUCCUCACAGAUAUUGUAAUCUUAAUGUAGACGAGCAAAGAAGUCAGAUGACUCUGUGGUCCAUGGUCAAAUCACCUCUCAUGUUUGGAGGAGAUAUGAGAAAGCUUGAUGAAAUAACAUUCAAUCUCAUCACAAAUCCUAUUCUACUGGAAAUAAAUUCCUUCAGCUCAAACAAUAUGGAGUUUCCUCAUAUUACUGGUGGAAAGCCUGUUCACCUUAGUAAGCAAGGUGUGCAAUCAAACAGUGUAGCAGAUGUGAAGGCAUCAGAAACACAUUUUUUAGGACUUUCUAGCUGCAAGGAUUCCAAGUCCAAAGGUUGGUCCAUCAAAGCUAUAGAUGAUGAUCUUGAACAAGUCUGUUGGGAAGGAAACUCAAGAAGCAAACCUCAUGCUCCUUUUUGUUUAUACAAGAGAAGACCUCUUUCUGCAUCAGAUGAAGACACGAUGCAUACGCUGCAAAAUCAAGGGAAAUUCCAUUUACAUGCAACAGACACCAUGGAAUUCUGUUUGCAUGCUUCUCCAAAACAGAAACUUACUUCUAAAGAGUUCAAGAGAGGUUCAUUUUCACCUUGCAGAUGGGAAGCCAACCAGGUCUAUUUAGUCUGAAUCGAGGGCCUCAUAGCUAUAGAAUUUUGUCAUGCAUUUUUUAGAGUUGUUGGUAUGGAUGAACAAGCUUACAUCUGAUUAAUAGAUGAUCUACUUUGUCAUCUAAUCUUAGUGAACAUUAGCAUAACAUGUGGUGAACCCUGUGACUUGGCAAUCCUAACUAGUAUAAUUCUUAUCCGCACAAACACAUUUCAUCUGUAACUUUUUUCUUUUUAUUUAAUUCUUUAGUCCAUUCAAAACCUGAUUUUUUUUUUUUCUAAAAUCUAAACAGAUGUGGGAGUUGAACCAUAAUGGAACCCUUGUUAACAGUUAUUCUGGUCUAUGUGCUUCUUUGAAUACAAUCAAAGCUAAUGCUGGUUCUGGGGGGAUUCGCUCUUGGAUUGCAACCGGAAGGAAAGGAGAAAUAUAUCUUGCAUUUUUCAAUCUGAAUUCUGAAAAGAAUGUCAUUACAGCCAAGGUGUCGGAUCUUGCUACUGUACUUCCAGGCAAAAUUUUGAAUGAUGCUUCUUGCACAGGAACCGAAGUCUGGAGUGGGAAAAACUAUGGACUAAUAAAAGAAUCAGUGUCAAUAGCAGUAGAAGUGCAUGAGUGUGCAUUACUCAUCUUGAAUUGCAAUUAGUGAUUAACAAAUUGUAUCCUUUUGCUACCCAAAUAUAUAGACUAUGUAUGUUGAAUUAGCUAAUUCCACUCCGGAUGUUGUAAUGCAUCAGCCAUUUUUUUGGCGUAAUGGAAGGGAACAUUGAUGGGUUGCUGUCUUUUAUCUAUUUUGUGUCUAUAUGUGAUAGCCCCGGUGU